AUGAGUACAAUACAGAAUAUCAAGAAUUUCAUCCGGCAUGGCAAGCAGGCCCGCCUUGUCACCCCUCAUUCCGAGCCGACGACCGACGUUUCCACUAUCCAUGCAGAGCCACAACGCCAACCGAUAGGUCAAUAUUCACCUGCACUCGAGGCUUUUGGCCCUGAAGGCAGAGCCAAUGCCCUCCAGAAACCUGAUUCUCAAAUCAGACAGGAUCGCUCUGUCGAAAUCGAACGUCUAGUGGCAGAGGAGAACUUGAACCGAUCAAAGAUGCCCAAAUACCCUGGCCUAGAGCGCUGGAUCUUGGUAGAGAAGAUGGGCGACGGCGCCUUCAGUAACGUUUAUCGGGCCAAGGAUACGACAACGGAAUAUGGCGAGGUGGCCAUCAAGGUCGUCCGCAAAUUUGAAAUGAAUAGCAAUCAGCGGGCAAAUAUUCUCAAAGAGGUUCAGAUUAUGCGCAAUCUCGACCAUCCCAACAUCGUCAAGUUGAUUGAUUUUUCCGAGUCGCGGCAAUAUUACUACAUCGUCCUCGAACUUUGCCCCGGGGGUGAAUUAUUCCACCAGAUUGUCCGAUUGACAUAUUUCAGCGAAAAUCUUAGCCGCCACGUCAUCCGCCAGGUUGCGGAAGCGAUUGAAUAUCUACACGAGACAUCGGGUGUCGUUCAUCGUGACAUUAAACCGGAAAACCUCCUGUUCUAUCCAAUUCCCAACGUUCCCAGCAAGAAUCCCAAACCUCAACAACCAGGCGACGAAGACAAAGAAGAUGAGGGAGAAUUCGUCCCUGGAGUUGGUGCGGGUGGUAUUGGUAAGAUUAAGCUUGCAGAUUUCGGUCUGUCCAAGGUGAUUUGGGAUAGCCAGACGAUGACGCCUUGCGGUACCGUCGGAUAUACAGCACCAGAAAUCGUCAAGGACGAGCGUUACUCCAAAAGUGUGGACAUGUGGGCCAUGGGUUGUGUGCUCUACACACUUCUCUGUGGAUUCCCUCCGUUCUAUGACGAGAGCAUCCAAGUCCUUACCGAGAAAGUGGCGCGCGGCCAAUACACUUUUUUGUCACCUUGGUGGGAUGAUAUUUCCAAGUCAGCCCAAGAUCUGAUCUCGCAUCUCCUCACCGUGGACCCGGAAAAGCGGUACACCAUCAAGGAGUUCCUUGCACACCCCUGGAUCCAGGGUACCGAUGAGGAGACUACCGCUGCCGCAGACGCACCCCCUCUAGCAACGCCCUACCUCCAUACCGAAAAAGGCCCGCAGCAGCUCGACUCCUCCAGCGCCGAACACGGGCCCUACCAGCCCGCCAGUGCCCGUUUCCUCGAUCAACCAUCCGUUGCAGCAGACCGGCGCAUGGACUUCCGAUCUCCGGGCGCCUUCAACCUCCGUGAAGUCUUUGAUGUUGGCUAUGCAGUGCACAGACAAGAAGAGGAAACAAAGCGUCGUGUGAUUGCGCGCCAAUCCAACCGCAGUGGUACGGCAGGAUUCCAGUCGGCACUGGGUGCUCUCAACGAAGAUUAUGACGACGAACCCGAAUACAGCAACAACCUCGGAGGCCAACCACUCGCUAAAGUGGCCACUCGCCAAGGUGACAUGGCCGGAAUGGAAGCCAAGCUCCGAUCCACGAACCUCGGCGCUCAAAGCAGCGCUGCACAAGCACGACAACUGCCCCACCAGUCAAAGCCUAAACAGGGCUACGGGAUGCAUGACGCUGCUGUCGCGAGUGCUGCAAAGAGCUCUAUUCGCAAGCAUCAGCAGCCGUUCGAGCUUACUCUGAGUGGUUCCACAUUGCUAGAGAAGCGUGGCCGUCGUAAUCAACCGGUGGCUUAA